UGCCGAAUCGGGCCGCGAGCGCGCAGUGGUGAAACGCUGUGCGCGACUGUGCGUGCGUCCCGCCCGUGUCAUCAGCAAAAAUAUGCAAAAGUAUGAGAAGCUCGAGAAAAUAGGAGAAGGCACUUAUGGCACCGUAUUCAAAGCCAAGAAUCGCGAGACACACGAAAUCGUCGCGCUCAAGCGAGUACGACUGGACGACGACGACGAAGGUGUGCCGUCGUCGGCUCUGCGGGAGAUCUGUCUUCUGAAGGAGCUCAAGCACAAGAACAUAGUUCGUCUCUAUGAUGUGCUACACAGUGACAAGAAGCUCACCUUGGUGUUCGAGCACUGCGACCAGGAUCUCAAGAAGUACUUCGACAGUCUCAACGGAGAGAUCGAUCUGGACGUCGUGAAAUCAUUCCUAUAUCAGUUGUUAAGAGGACUGGCGUUCUGUCACAGUCGAAAUGUUCUUCACAGGGACCUUAAACCGCAAAACUUGCUCAUCAACAAGAACGGGGAGUUGAAGCUCGCCGAUUUCGGACUGGCGAGGGCGUUUGGCAUCCCUGUAAAAUGUUACUCAGCGGAGGUAGUUACGUUGUGGUACCGUCCCCCGGAUGUUCUCUUCGGAGCGAAAUUAUACACGACAUCCAUCGAUAUGUGGAGCGCGGGCUGCAUAUUCGCCGAACUAGCGAAUGCCGGCAGACCGCUUUUCCCCGGAUCGGACGUGGACGAUCAACUGAAGAGAAUAUUUAAGAUGUUAGGCACACCGACCGAGGAGACUUGGCCGGACUUGACAACGCUGCCCGACUACAAACCCUUCCCGCAGUACCACCCCACGCAGGGACUGGCGCAGGUUACGCCCAAGCUCAGUUCAAGAGGCAAAGACUUACUCCAGAGAUUAUUAGUGUGUAAUCCGGCCCUACGGCUGUCAGCGGAGGAGGCGAUGGCGCAUCCGUACUUCAACGACUUAAACCCUGCCAUGAAGAACGACCGAUGCCAAUAGCGAAUCCCUGUUAACCCUAGAAUACUAACGUGCGUCUCCGAGACGUAGAUAUUUUUUACAAACUCCUCUCGCUCCUCUGUUUCUCACCCCACCAAUUUCUAAUUUGUUUCACAUUUUGAAAAGGAAAAAAAAAUAUAUAUAUAUACAUAUAUGUCACAUUAAGAAGUUUUGAUUUUUCUACUUUUCGUUUAAUCAUUAACACGUCUCCAAGACGUAGGUUUAGGAAUAUAGGCUCAGAAUAAAGGGUUAGUAUUCUAGGGUUAACUUAGAACGACUGAAAAGCAUUACGGCGCUCAAAACGGGGCGCGGCGACCAAAACCGGUAGAGAAAGCACGGCAAGGAUCGUUUGUUAAUAUAUACAUAUAAUUACGAGCUCGACGCGACGAUCGCUUCUACGCGAGACGGAGAAAGAUAGAGAUAUAUAUAUAUAUAUAGAGUGAGAGAGGACGCCGAAUUUUUUUUAUCAAGAAAAAUCGACGAAUCGUGAAUUUUACCUCGUUGACACACCUCGUGCCGGAACGUAAAAGAAACGAGAAAGAAAAGAGAAUUCCGAAGAUCGGCGGAAAGGAAACGAUCAACAAACGCGAUGCCGCUCGCAAUUGAACGUGGCGCGAGCGGCACUCAUACGACGACGACGACGUUUACGUGAAAUUCAGUAGAAUUUUAAGCGCGAUUUAUUUAUGAAAUAAUUAAUGAUAUCAAUAAACUGAUAUCUUAAAUAAGCCUUAAA